GUACUCAACCUUGUAUCAGAAUGCGUUCAGGAUACAUUCUUCUGGCCCUCGUGGCUGCGACGGUGGCAUCGCCCGUCUACCAGCGCGCCGCUGACCAAGAUCUUCUGAAAAAGCAGCAAGAUACAAUAUAUUUGUUGGAGCACAUCUGGCAGGACUUGCCGAACCAGGAACUGUACAACCUCGGUUACCACUAUGACAUCGAAUCGAACGUGCAAUACUACCACGAGCCCCAGACCGCGCUGUACUACUACGGCAUGUUCAAGGCCGGUCACCUGCAGCCGAAAGGAACCGUCUACUCCAACUCCGUGAGCCAGUUGCGCAAGGAAGUAGCUCUCCUGACGAGAGUAUUCCUCGCGGCAAAGGACUACCCGGUGUUCCUGCAGACCGCUGCGUGGGCCCGCGUCUACGUCAACGAGGGACAGUUCGUCAAGGCUUACAUCGCGGCGAUAUUCCAACGCGAGGACACCGUCGGAGUUAUUCCACCUCCGCUGUACGAGAUCUUCCCUCAGCACUAUGUUGACUCGAGAAUCAUCCACGAGGCUCAGCACAUCUACGCCGAAGGAUACGAGACCGAGAAGACUGUCUACAUUCCGGUAAACUACACGGACUACCUGCCCUUCGGUGAACAACAACUUUCCUACUUCACCCACGACAUUGGUCUCAACGCCUACUACGCGUACGUUUCCCUCGCCGGAUACAUGAUCCCGGAGCUCCACAAGUCCGUUGGUUACCAACAGGUCCACGGAUCCGACUACGAGAAGGGUCACCACAUUGGCCACGGUUCGUACUACUACUACCUUCACCAGCAGCUCCUGGCUCGUUACAACCUCAACCGUCUCGGAAGCGGUCUCGGACCCAUCGACAGCGUCGACUUCGAGAACGUGAAGGCUGCCUACAAGCCCCACCUCCACUUCGCCAACGGUCUGGAAUACCCCUCUCGUCCCAACGAGCUCUACCUGACCCCCUACCACCAGGAUCUCGUAAAGAACGUGUACGCCUUCGAGAAGCGUCUCAUGAACGCGAUCGACUCCGGCUACGUAAUCACGCCCCAGCAGCAAUUCCUCUCGCUCUACCAGCCCCAAGGCUUGAACAUCCUCGGUGACAUAAUCGAAGGUACCGGGCGCAGCGUCAACCCCCGUUACUACGGCAGCCUCCAGGCCGUCGCCCGUCAACUCCUCGGCAACACCCCCGAAUUCUAUGACAUCUGGAGCUACACACCUUCGGCCCUGGAGCAAAACGAGUCCGCUGUUCGCGACCCGGCCUUCUACCAGCUCUACAAACGCAUAAUCAAGCUCUUCCAACGCUACCAACAAUCCCUGCCCGCCUACCAAUACAACGACCUCGUCGUACCCGGCGUCAAGAUCGAGAAAGUCGUCUUCCCGAACCUCGUCACCUACUUCGACCAGUACAACGUCGACCUCGACAACGGUUACGUUCACUCGGUCAAGGAACAGCACCACGACUACCACAUCAAGGCCCAAUUCCACCGCCUCAACCACCAACCGUACGAGUACCAGGUCGUCGUACAGAGCGAGAAACCCUACACGAACGCCGUCGUUCGCGUCUACCUCGGACCGAAAUUCGACUACGAUGGACAACCGAUCGACAUCAACCACCACAGACACUACUUCGUCGAGCUCGACCACUUCGUCCACGACCUGAAGGAAGGCGAGAACGUCAUCGUCAGACACUCGCAACAGGCUCCGAUCUUCAGCCACGACUACCCGUCCGUCCACCAGAUCAAGGUUCACCUCGACAGCGCCCUCCGUUCCCAGAACCCGUUCUACAUCACCGAGCCACAACACAUCUUCGGAUUCCCCGCCAGGUUGGCCCUCCCCAAGGGAACGUACGGCGGCCUCCCGCUCCAGGUCUUCGUCAUCGUCAGCGCCAACGAGGAAUACCACGUUCCUUACGGUCCCGUCAUCCCCGCCGAAUUCCAAACCUACCAACACCAUCAGUACCAGAUCGUCGAUGGAGAACAUUACGAACAGUACAGCCAGCCCGGAUUCCACCAACCCCAACAAGGAGUCUACCACGGUGGUUACCAGACCCUCGAGGUUCUUCCCCACUACGAGAGCAACGGAAUUUACGGAAACCAAGUGAACAAAUUCCAAGCAUACUACGGCCACUACCUCUACAAGAAGUACCCUCACCAGUACCCGGUCUUCCAUUACCCGCAACACUACCAGCACUACCAACACUACCAGCACGGCGUUGAGCACGGACAGCAAUACCAGCACUCCGGAGUUUACCAACACCAGGGUGUCUACGGAUACGGACAACAGCCCCACUACGCCGGACACCAACAGGGAGUCGGAGAACAGUACCAGGGUCAGUACGUCCACCAGGGACAAGUUCAUCACGGACAAGUCCAUCAGGGGCAAGUUCACCAGGGACAGGUUCACCAGGGACAGGCUCACCAGGGACAAUACUACGAGCAAGGUCACCAGUACUCCCAGGUCCACGACGUUCCCCAGGAGCACAUUGAGGGCGGAAAGCACCACGGUAUCUACCAAGGCCAAGUCGGCGGACACCACGUCAGCGGGGUUUACCCGAGCGGCGUUCCUUCCGACAUCGUUGGAGGACAAAACAUCGUCGGAGGUCAAACGUUCCACGGAGCAGGCGAAGAGUACUACAAACAGGGGCACUAUCCCCGCUCCGAGUACCUUAAGAACUACUACGGCAAGAAGCACAUCAGCCACAUCAUCGGCGGAGCUCUCAGCCUCGACAACAAACCCCUGGGAUACCCUCUCGAGAGACCCCUGGGACCGAGCGCCUUCUACGUCCCCAACAUCCACGUGACCGACGUCAUCGUUCACCACGUCGACUACCCCAUCGAGGGCGGCGUCUACUAAAUUCUUCGAACACGAUGAUCAGUCAAUUUUUGCAAUUAUCUCGCUCAAGUUGACGCUGCUUUAUCUUUUUUCAAUUCGGUUUCAUCCGGAACAAUAAACACACGAAUGUUUUGACGCAAAA